AGGAAACUAGGCACGCAACUUUACAUGUUUCGAUGAUAUGUCAGUCAAAAUCAUUGGCAAUUAUCCACUGUUAAUCGAAACAGGAAUGUAUGUGCGCAUUUUAAUCAAUGACGUCGACAUAUUGCGCCUUUAUCGCUGUAGUCGUUUAAAUAGACACAACAGAUUUAUUGAUUCAAGUUAACAGGUUAGGCUCCAGACUACAAUGGAGAAGGCCGGAGUCACAUGUGUAUAACAUAUAACUACACUGUACACAUGUGUUACCUGUACAAGGCGCUUACGUUCGGGAGCUCGGCUGAGACAUUUAAAUGAGGAAAACUUAAUGUGCUGAAGAAAUACCUCCAAAACGAACAUGGUGCAUGCGUGCUAGAAUACAGACGUGUUGUAUAUUAAUGUCAUCUUAAUUGUGACCUCUGUUAAUUUUUUAAAUGUGUUUAAAGACUUAAGUAUUUUUACAAUACAAUAAUUGGAGAGACGAAAAAUUCAAGUGUAAGGAAGAGAUUCAUCAUUUAUACAGAAUAUAAAUAACUGUUCCAUUAUAUUCUGCCAUGGAGAAACCGACUGAAAGUGUCAAAAUUCUUGUGGAUUUAAUAAAAUCUACAAAUGAAGCGUCUUUGUUGAAAGCUGGAAUUGUCAAGUUUUCAAAAGCUGCCAUAGAAUGGUAUGUUGAUCAGGAAGACAUCGACAUCUUACAUCACGCUAUUAUAGCCAACAACAUCGAGGCUGUGGGGUUGUUUUUCCAUAAAGGAUAUUUCAAGCUUCCUCAUGAAUCUCCUUCGGUGCCAUAUAUUCACUUGUGCGCAAGACUAGGACACAAGACAAUUCUUGCCAUGUUGAUUCAAGAGCGAGGUCAAGAUAACAUUCCUAUGGAAUUCGAGUAUUACGGCCCAACAGGAUUAUGUGGAGAUUCGCCGAAAGCCAUGAGGAUAUCCAUGAUGGGUGGUAAAGAAAAGUUGUCUCCCCUGGACAUAGCUGGGGAGUAUGGACAUAUAGGGUGCGUGUAUACUAUCCUUAACCAUUUUUACGGAGGAAAGGUUAGGCACAAAACCAAGAGUACCAAAGAGGCUUAUGUGAACCUCGCCUGUGAACUUGAUUCGCCGCCAGCUCUCAGGUUACUGCUAUCACACAAACCGACAGAGGAGGACAUAAAAAACGCAGUAGGUGUUGCACUGAAGAUGGCUAGGCCAGAAUGUUUGGACGUUUUACUGAGUCUAAAACCCGACAUUAGUUCACUAUUUGGUGGCAUGAAUUUGUAUCAUGUUCUCUUCUCCUACAGUAUGUCCUUCAAAAAAUCCUGGUACGAAUCACUGCUUACCGUUACCACUCUCCUUAUCAAACAUUCACAUGACUUGUCGAAGUGUCUUCCUUACAGGACAUACCCAUUGUAUAGCUUAUUAGCACACUCGUCUUGUCAUGACUUGGACAACUCGUCCCCAUAUCUACUAGCAUGCCUUCUGGUCAUGCUGAAUGCUGGUGCUGACCCAAAUUUUGACGAACUGGAAUUCGAAAAAGAGCUUACAAAGAGAAAAUUCACUGCAACUGCAGCGUUUGGACGAUCUGCGUUUUCUUCCUCAAUGCAUUGCUUGUUUGACACUAUUGGGAAAUAUUCGGAAGAGGUGCAGAUAGAACAAAAACUUUGUCUCAGAAGUCACCUAGGGAAAUGUACAGAAGCUUUACUGAAACACGGAGCAGAUCUUAACUACGUAGGGAGGAUGGAAGACCAGUGUGAUACGUAUGGAAACAGCCUACAUUGCUUUUGUAGAAUUGCUCCGAAAAUUGGUCUUGGCGGAAAAAUGUUAAAACUACUUUUGCGGCAUGGCGCGAACCCUGAUGCAAAGGUAUACGGAUACUACCCAAUAAAUGUGUUUUUCGAGCAACUUUUAGCAUAUGCUACAAACUCGGACAGUUCCCACGUCGUUGACGUAGAACACAGUGUGUUUAUUAUGGACUCGAUGGCACAGUCAGCAUUGCGAGAUUCAUUUGAAAUCUUCAACGAUAUGGCGGCGAGUUUUGAGCAGCCCUCAUCGAAGCACGCGCGAAUUUUAGCGCUUAUUAAGACCGAGUACGAGAAACGUGUUUCGGACGUCUGGACACUUCGUAGGUGCUGUGUGUUUACUGUGUGGGUCAGUUGUGGCCGGAGAAUUGACCAGGCAGCGCAGCUUCCCUUACCAAAACGGUUGCGCGACAGUAUCACAGAUUCUCUGGAAUAUAUAGUUUGAAAAGAUCUUGUUAA